UUAGUUACCAAAUAUUUUUUAAAAAUUGGCUUAUCUGCUCUGUUCUUGUUGGUAUAUCAAUGGUUUGAUAAUGAUUGAUGUAAAUUAGGCACAGUUGUCCACCAUCAAAAGGACCUUUUCUUUAGUCCUAUCAAUUUUCUGGUGUUGUGGUUUUAUAAGCAACUUUAUUUAAUAAUGGGUUGAAGUAAUCUUGAUUUACAAUGAGAAGUAAGUAAUAGCUUGAGUGCUUUGUUUACAAACAUAUCAUCUCGGGGUCAUUUUCAACAAGGAAGAACUUAAUAGCUUGAGGUAUGAGAAAAGUUAUGUUUCCUAAAUAAAAACAAAAGAGGAAUGUUGAUGCCCUGAAGUGAUAAACUGGCCAGCCCCGACUUAAAAUUUUCGCUCUCACUUAUAUUUCUCUUGCAAUGUUAUCAUCAUUUUUUAUAUAUUCAACAAGCCAUUUACGAUAACCAAUCAUAGUUGCAAAACAUCAAUAGAUUGAUCACUGGUACAGUCAUUUAUCUGGAGCCAGGUCAAUCUCUGUAAUGGAACUAGCAGACAGGGCUGUUGGAUUGCUUUUGUCAGUCAUCAGUUUAUCCAUAUUCACAUAUUAUACUUUCUGGGUUAUCAUCUUGCCUUUUGUUGACAGUGACCAUUUUGUGCACAAGUACUUCCUGCCUCAAGAAUAUGCCAUUCUCAUUCCUGUAUAUGCUGGUGUUGCUCUGAUCUGCUUACUUUCUGUUUUUAUCGGCUAUGUGAUGCUGAAAUCCAAAAAGAAAAAGGCAUAGGAUGAAUCUUUGCCUUCAUUGGUUGAGCUUUUAUGACACCUUUUCUCAUGUAGUUGGUCAUCUUAGAUAGUACAAUGUAUGUCUUUUGCAUAGAUUUUGCAGUGUUAUUAUUUCCUUAAGGAGUGAAGCUGUUUCUAGUGCAACAUUCUGGAUGACACUUCCUGCCAUGCCCCACUUGUGAUAUGUCAGCUAAGGUUGCAUAUUUCA